UUAGGAAGCAAGGUCAGUCUGCAUGUUGAACAUUUGGUUUAAAAGACACAUAUCUUAACAUAUUGAAAAUGAAUGAGAAGAUAGGAAGAGAAGCUGAGGACAGGCAAAAGUGUAGGGAGCAGAGAGAGGAGGAGAGAAGGAUGAAGGCAGAGAAGACUGAUUUGAUCUUUGGUCUGGUGGAGGAGAGGAAAGCAGUAAGGGGUAAGGUGUUGGACACAACACUGAACCCUGGCAUUAGGAUUGAGAAAGCAGCCAGAUUAAGAAACAUCAGGUUGGGUCAGUCAGUCAGGGCCAGAGAAGAGAAGAAAGAAAAGGAGGAGGAUUUAGGCAUGAAUGAAGAUAAAUUGAAAGAAAAGCUUAGAUUGGAGAAGGAGGCCAGGGUUAGGGAGGAGGAGAAAAGAAAGGAGAAGGAAAGAAAGGAGCAGGCCAUAGUGAAGGAAACCAGGAUGAGGAAGAUCAUGUUGGAGGAGUUGGCCAGGGUUAAAGAAGGGGAGAAGGAAAUGGAGGAGGAGAAUAGAACCAAAGAGGUUCUAUUAAAAGCAGCCAAGCAGAGGACUCUCAGGUUGGAGAAGGAGGCCAUGGUUAGACGAACAGUGAACAUGGAGGAAAGCAAAAGAAACCACAUGGCUAUUUUGGAAGAAGCCAGGCUGAGAACGCUCAGGCUAAAGGAGGAGACCAGGCUUAGGGAAGAGGAGAAGAAAAGGGAGGAGGAGAAUAGAGAGAAAAUGGCUUUAGUGAAACUGGACUGGAGGAGAAAGCUCAUGUUGGAGAAGGCCAUGGUUAGAGAAGAGAGCAAAAUUGAGGCGGAUGAAAGAAAGAGGGAGGUUCAAUUGAAAAAGUCCAAGAUGAAGACCAGGUUAAACCAGGAGGCCAGAAUUAAAGAGGUGAAAAAGAUGGAAGAUGAGAGAAAAAAGGAAGCUUUAUUGAAGAAGGCCAAGGUAACAACUCUGAGGUUGGAGGAGGAGGCCAAGGUGAGAAUGAAGGGGAGGAGAAGAAAAGAAGUGAGCUCAGUUUAGAGGAGGAGGCCGUUGUUAAGGAGGAGGAAAAGAGUGUAGAGGGCAAAAGAAAUAAACAUUUUAUAAAAGAGGAAGUUUGGGAGAGAGAAUGAGGCCAAGGUAAGGGAGAGAAGAGAAGUGGAAAGAAAGAGGAAGGAAACCAAUGUAAAAGUAGAUAAUAUGAGACUGAGUAAGGAGGAGAGAAAGAUGGUGGCAAGGCUGGCAGAGGAGUCCUGAUUAAAAGAGGCCCAUAUGGUCGAGACCAAAAACUUGGCAGUAAACAGUCAUUGUGGGGCAAGAGAACAGGAGGACAUGACAAGGCCUCAGAAAUAGAUACAUCUAUUACUUUGUGAAGUAAUGAUCCUUGAGAAAGGACUGAAGAGAACUUAAAAGAAAAGGAGUUAAAAGUCCUGCUGUGCCCGGUAGAUCCAGAGGGACAUAAUGCUGGACCUACAAAGAUGGUGCGAAGAGCCAUGCGAUAGGCGCAGAGCCCCAAAUGCACCUGGCAAAAGACCCAGAGUCCUGACUGCACCCAACGAGAUGCCUAGUGCCUUGGAAGUGACCAACUAGAUUCCCAGUGCCCGGACAAAUCCAAGCAAGCCUCCCAGGGCCCCGACCGAGCCAGGCGAGCCUCCCAGGGCCCCGACUGAGCCAGGCGAGCCUCCCAGGGCCCCGACUGAGCCAGGCGAGCCUCCCAGGGCCCCGACUGAGCCAGGCGAGCCUCCCAGUGCCCCGGCAGAGCCAGACGAGCCUCCCAGCACCACUGCAGCGAUCGACGAGCCUCCUAAUGCCCUGGCAGAGCCUGACAAGCCUCCCCAAGUCCAGCCAAGCUAGGCGAGCAUCCUAGCUCCCAAACCGAGCCAGAUGAGCCUCCCAGCAACCCAGCAGCUAUCGACAAGCCAGCCAAUGCCCCAGGGUUGACACUGCCUCUCUAUGAAAGGGGUUUGUCUUUUCUGUUUGAUUUCUCCCUCACAUCCUCAUAGUUAUUUUUUGUUAAUAAAACGGCCACCAGUGCUCUGAACACACCUUCUGUGUACGUUCCCAGUGUCUCUCCAAGUUACAGUAGAUACUCAAAGUCUGUGCAUCGGUCUUACCUGGAAGGUACACUACAGCCAAUGAGCGCUUAACGUUGUUAUCCGCUGUCAAAUGUUAAGGAAUGCCUUAGAAAUAAAUGACUGCUGCUACACUACUCACAUUGCGUCACAUUCAGUGGCAUUCAGUAGUUUUACAUAAAGUUUCUUGUUUACCAGAAUUAAUGGAAUCUUUAUCACUAAAUCUGUUUCUCUCAAGAACAAGGUAAGAGUGAAAACCUGCAGAGACUCAUCCCACCAUGGAACCAGUUUGACACCUGUGCAAUACAGCAACAUUCAGUAGAGAUGGAAUGGACUGUUCUCACUAUAAACAUUCUGCUGUCCAGUCAUCAGCACCAUUGUAAUGCAUACAUGUCAGUGUGGACUAACAACCCAGUAGAGCAUUCCAGACACCUUAUAGAGUCCAUGCCCUGAAGAGUAAUUCA